AAAAAAACUCUCAAAUUUAGUGAAAGUUUUUCUUGUUUGUUAAGGCUCGUUGACAAGUCACGGGUAUCGAAACAGCGUGCACAAUCUCUCGGCUCUACCACCGCCCCGCCACCGCGUAAUGGUCCGCUAUUAAUAAUCCAUUAAUCUUCAUUCAACCCCAUCCGCAUAAAACUUUGAAUAUUCAUUCUCAAAUUCUCUCUCCUCCGAUCCUAACUCCUAUCUCCGAUCCCAUGGAAGAUGGACACUACACCAGAGGCAAGCCCACCACCCACACGGGCCAGAGCCAGGGCCACACCCCCAGUAAAUCUGAACUCAUGUCAAGCGCCAAACUAGUGGCGGACGCAGCCAAAUCGGCGUUAGCCCGCGAUAAAGAAAAGAUCGACAAGGCUAAAGUUGCCGGAGCCGCCGGAAACCUUCUUGGAGCCGCCAAACACUACGGAAAACUUGAGGAGAAGAGCUAUGGUAAAUAUGUUGGUAAGGCUGAGACUUACCUUCAUCAAUAUCACUCUACCCAAACCCAAACCCAAUCUCAUUCCUCUUCGGGCUCUUCUUACACCUCUACUACGACUACCACGCAUUCAUCUGCGCCCUAUGGUGGUUCCCACGACGGCGGUGAGGGGAAGCAUGGGCAUUCUAGCGGUGAGGGGAAGCAUGGGUAUUCUAGCGGUGAGGGGAAGCAUGGGCAUCCUAGUGGUGGAGGUGAUGGCGGAAGUGGUGGGUAUGGGGAAUAUAUAAAAUUGGCUCAAGGGUUGUUGAAUAAGAAACAAGAUCAUGGCGGUGAAGGUGGUGGAUCAGGUCAUUCUAGCGGUGGUGGUAGUGGUGGUGCUGGGGAUUAUAUCAAAUUGGCUCAAGGGUUGUUGAAUAAGAAACAAGAUCACGGUGGCGAAGGCGGUGGAAAUGGUCAUUCUAGCGGUGGUGGUGCUAGUGAUUAUAUCAAAUUGGCUCAAGGAUUGAUGAAGAAACGUUGAUUAAUUUAAAAUUAUGCUGCUGAAUUGCUGUAUACGGAGUAUGAAUGUUUCUUGUACUGUAAUUUGUUGGAUCUAAUCGUUUAAUUUAUGCAAGGGAGAAUGUUUGUACCAUACUAUGUCACAGGUUCGAAUUCUCCCGUCUGGUAAUUUGUAUUGCCCUGCUCAUUCAGACACAUCUUGAAUUCUUGAUUAUUAAAUUAAUGUAAAUGAGAAAUUGAUGUUA